CAUCGUAGUUCCGCUAUCGAACGGAAGCCGAGAAGGACGCUCGCCAGCAUGUGGCCCGGAAUGUUAGUGCGGGAGGUCCGGGGGGCGUCAGGCAAGUUCUCGGUGCUGAGACCUCGCCUCGCCUUUCGCGUCCCGUCGCAGCGGAUCCUCGGGAGCGACCUGGCCCUGCGGCGGAGCCUGCACGCCACGGCCGCCCGGACCAUCCCGCUCAUUCCCAUCGUGGUGGAGCAGACGGGUCGCGGCGAACGCGCCUAUGACAUCUAUUCGCGGCUGCUGCGGGAGCGCAUCGUGUGCGUCAUGGGCCCGAUUGAUGACAGUGUUGCCAGCCUGGUCAUUGCGCAGCUGCUGUUCUUGCAGUCAGAGAGCAACAAGAAACCCAUCCACAUGUACAUCAACAGCCCGGGCGGCGUGGUGACUGCAGGGCUGGCCAUCUACGACACGAUGCAGUACAUCCUGAACCCCAUCUGCACGUGGUGCGUGGGUCAAGCCGCCAGCAUGGGCUCGCUGCUUCUGGCUGCCGGCAGCCCUGGCAUGCGACACUCUCUCCCCAACUCCCGGAUCAUGAUCCACCAGCCCUCCGGGGGUGCCCGGGGCCAAGCCACAGACAUCGCCAUCCAGGCAGAAGAGAUCAUGAAGCUGAAGAAGCAGCUGUACAACAUCUACGCCAAGCACACCAAGCAGAGCCUGCAGGUGAUCGGUGUCUCUCAUCUGCGAUGACCAAAGACAUCUCCGGCCACUCGCGCCACCAGUGCACGAGGCCUGAGCUUCCAUCCCCAGCGCCGCAAAACAAACAACCAAAGAAUAAAAAAUAAAAAAAUAAACUGCACUUGGCAGUCGGGUCGCCUGGCAGCCAGAAUCGCUUCCACUUAGAACCACUAUUGUUGGCCUUUUAAAGCUUCCACUUAGCGGCCGGGGGUGGCUCCGAGGGAGAGUGUGAGCUACUGGUUGAGUCCCCCGAACCUGGAAAAAAAAAAACCCAGCUAGCAGGGCUUGGUAGGUGACUCACACCUGUCAUCCCAGCACUCGGGGAGGCUGAGGCAGGAGGACCACAAAUUCAAAUCCAGCCUGAGCAACUGAGAUGUAGCAAGACCCUGCCUCACAAUGAAAAAUAAAAAGGGCUGGAGAAACAGCUUAUCCGUACCCCUUCCUGGUCCUCGGGCAGUGUGGGGAGGUCUAUACUUGUAGUCCCAAAAGAGUUACUGGAAUUCCAGAGAGUUCAGUUACUACCGACCACUUCCUGUGCAACCCAACGUGAGAUUAAAGACACUAAGACAUAUUUAUAGGUGUCGGGAGCCACGGGGUCCUGAGUCCAGCCAGGACGGUGGGACAGAGGCCACGGCCAGGGCCCAGCCGAGUUUUGUUACCUCCCCAUGAGAGUGUCUGGAAAUACACAAGUGUGGUGAGCUGGCUGGGCAGCAGGCCUGAGAUCACCUCUGUGAUGUGCAGUGAGCCGUCCGCAUACACGGCCGGAGGAGCGGCCGAUGCUCUGGGCUCGGUGUUCAGCUCUGAUGCGUGAUCUGUUCUGCCCUGGGAAGUCACAGCCCCGUAAUCUCGAGGCGCCAUCGUAGCCGACAGUGUGGAGCAGUGUAUCUUCAUCCAGCCCGGCUCAACCAUGUUUUUUGGGGAGUGACGAGGCAGGAAAACGGUGCCUGUUGCCUCACUUCAAAGAUCACUCAUCAGCUCCCCUGCCAGCCCAAGUUACAGUGCUUAUUAUAGCCAAUCGAAGGGACCACGAAAUGGCCCAGCCAGCUCUGUACAGGGCUGAGUUUAGCCAAAGGGCAGAUGACUUCGCUCCUUUCGUGGAGAGUGGAGAGUAAUCCAGGUGAUUCGCCACAACAGCUCAGUGCAAAGGCCCUGGGGUUCAUCCCAGUGUUGCAAGAAGAGGAAGGAGGGAAAAAGAGAGGGUGUUCGAUGUAACGGCAGCAUUAUGGGGCUGGCAUCUGGCUCAGGGGAGCACUUGCCUGGCACAUGUGAGCCCCUGGGUUCCAUCCCUAACACCGCUUUAAAAAAAUAAAUAUAUAUAUUGUACUGUGGGGGAAACCGAGGCAUACAGCAGCUAAGGCCAGGGUCAUAAGAAUUAGCAGAAUGAGGACCUGCCUCUGCUCAGGCUGCAGAAACAAAA